UUUUGUCAAAAUCACUGAAUGUUUUUGAAAAUGGACAGAUCAUUCCAGUGGAUUAUUUGAUUGUUUAUUUACGAAGUCUUCGUUGAGACUCUAGCCAAACUUUUUAACCCAUAAUUUUUUCUGUUUAUUAUGGCAAACAGUUUAGCCUUGACUCGACUCCAGGAGGAACAUCGCCAGUUUCGCAAGGACCACCCCCAUGGCUUCUUUGCAAGACCGUUUGACGAGGACGGUAAGCGCAAUUAUUUUAAGUGGCGUUGUGGAAUACCAGGAAAAAAAGGAACAGAAUGGGAAGAUGGAACGUUUCACUUGAUUUUGGAAUUUUCCGAGGAUUAUCCAACGAAGCCACCUAUUUGUAAGUUUGAUCCACCACUUUUUCAUCCCAACAUUUUUCCGUCGGGAACGGUUUGCCUAAGUUUGUUGGAUCCUUCAAAAGAUUGGAAGCCUUCAGUCACAAUUAAAUCGAUUUUGUUUGCAAUACAGGAGCUUCUUGGUUCACCGAAUUUAGAUGACCCCGCUCAAGCCGAACCUUACAGGUUGAUGAAGGAGUCACCGGAAGAAUAUCGCAAAACUGUUCGUGAAAUUGUACGAAAAGGCUUUACUCGUUCUUGAAGAAAUUCGUUUUGAAACCUGUCACUGACAAUCGCUAUCCUAAUCUUCCACGUUAACCAUAUUCUUACAAGUUCACAGAAAUAUCAUAAAGAACAUAAAGAGUGCGGAUAAUCAGCAUGUCUUUGUACCUUGUGCAGAGAACAAUAA